UUGGCUACUUCAAUUUCUAACCUUAUCACAAACGUUGAGAAAACCACGUUUUUAGAAACUUGACUAGCGAAUAGCACGCAUUUUAUGCGUGUAUCUUUAUCUGUGAAAAGUUAAUAUUUAUUUUUAACUAAAAUGGGGAAGAAAUCGAAAAUUGGAAAGCAAAGAAAAGAUAAAUACUAUCAAUUAGCCAAAGAAACAGGUUACAGAUCACGUGCUGCUUUCAAAUUAAUACAAUUAAAUCGCAAAUUUGAAUUUCUACAAAAGUCCAGAGUAUGCAUCGACCUAUGUGCAGCACCUGGUGGCUGGAUGCAGGUUGCCAGGCAAAAUAUGCCAGUAUCAUCGUUAAUUAUAGGAGUAGACCUGUUUCCGAUAAAGCCUAUACCAGGAUGUAUUAAUCUUACAGAAGACAUUACAACAGAUAAAUGUAGGGUGGCUAUCUCGCGUGAAUUGAAAACGUGGAAGGCUGAUAUUGUUUUAAAUGAUGGUGCUCCUAAUGUAGGAAAAAAUUGGCUCCAUGAUGCGUAUCAACAAGCUGUGUUAACGUUAUCAGCUGUUAAAUUAGCAAGUCAAUUCUUAAAAGCUGGUGGUUGGUUUGUAACAAAAGUAUUUCGAUCUAAAGAUUAUCACCCAUUGAUCUGGGUGCUAAAGCAGUUAUUUAAAAAGGUACACGCUACUAAACCUCAAGCAUCACGUAAUGAAUCUGCAGAAAUCUUUGUAGUGUGUCAAUAUUAUAUUGCUCCUGACAAAUUAGAUCCCAAGUUCUUUGAUUCAAAGUAUGUAUUUUCUGAAUUAGAACUAGAAUCUAAAAAAUCUAACUUUCUUCAAUCGGACAAGCAGAAGAAACAGAAAGCAGAAGGAUAUCCUGAGAAUGACUAUACAUUGUAUCAUAAAUUAUCUGCAAAAGAGUUUAUUGCCUGUGAAGAUGCAAUAGAGGCUUUGCAAAAUGCUUCUGAAAUAGUGAUAGAUGAUGAAGUUAUUAACAAGCAUGAAAAAACGACUGCAGAAAUUAGAGAAUGUUGCAAAGAUAUCAAAGUACUUGGUCGAAAGGACUUGAAAUUGCUACUUAGUUGGUGGAAAUCAUUAAAAGAGACACAAGCUGAAACAAAAGAGAAAGAAGAUGUAGCAGAAAAUGAAACUACAACAGCAUCCAAAGCCAUUAGCCUUGAAGAUCAAGAAGAUGUGGAAGAUGUAGCAAUUGAAAAACAAAUUGUUGAGCUCAGGGAAGAAGAAGCUAAAGAAUUGAAACGAAAGAAAAAGAAAGCUAAUAAAGAGAGGAUAAAGUUGAAUGAACGCCUUAAUCUAAAAAUGAUUCAUAAGGCUGAUGAGGGACCUAAAUUAGAAGGGGAUGACAUGUUUAAAUUAAGCCAGAUUCAAAGUUAUGAGCAAUUGAAACAAGUUACAGAUCAAACGCCUGACAUUUUAGCAGAGAGCGAUGUAGAUUCGGACGAAGAGGAAAUCAAAUCAAAAAAGGUUUCUUAUGAAAAAGAAACUGGUCAUUUGGACAGUAAGGGCUUAUAUUAUAAGUCAGAAGAUAGCGAGGAUAAUGAUACGGAUGCUGAGUCAGAUGAUACAGAUAGUGAAAAAUCUGGACUAGGUCUGGAGGAUUCGGAAGACGAAAGUACAAAUAAAAUGCAAAAGAAGAAACAGCAACCUAAAGAUUCUGACAACAACCCUUUGCUAACUGAUUUAGAUUUCCGGGACAAAAAGACUAAAAAAAUUCAUAAAGCUGAACUUUGGUUCGAAAAAGACAUAUUUAAAAUAGAGAAUGAAGAUGACGCAGAUUAUGAAUUAGAUAGAAUGAUCGAGCAAUACAAGAGAAAAGGUGGACAUAUUCUUGGAGAAGAGAAGAUGAAGAAGGAAAUAAAUAAGGAAAAGAAACGCAAAAUUAGUGAGAGCAACGAUGAAAAUUCAGAUUACGACGUGGAAGAGAUGAUGGCACCGAAGAAAAAAGUGAAGCAGAUCGGUGGUAAAGACGGCUUUGAAAUAGUAGCACGAGAAACAGAUAAAGUAAAAAAAAGAAAGUUGACUUCUGAAGAUUUAGCACUUGGAUCUUUAUUGAUUCGCCAAAAAUCUCGAAGGGAUUUAAUUGACUCGGCUUGGAACAGAUAUUCGUUUAACGAUGAAAAAUUACCCGAUUGGUUUGUAAAAGAUGAAGAAAAACAUAUGAAGAAAGAUGCACCUGUACCUAAGGAACUUGUCGAAGAGUACGAGAAGAGAGUCCAAGAUUUAAAUGUUAGACCAAUUAAGAAAGUAAUGGAAGCUAAAGCGAGAAAAAAGAGACGCACAAUGCGCAAACUUGAAAAGGCCAAGAAGAAGAUGGAAGUGUUGAUGGAUAAUGUGGAUAUCAACGACAAAGAAAAGGCCAGACAAAUUAAAGCAUUAUACAAAAAAGCCAAGAAGGAACAAAAAGAAGUUAAAUAUAUCGUAGCAAAGAAAUAUACCGCGCAGAAGCGAGCUGUUCGGCCUCCUGGUGUGAAAGGUCGAUAUAAAAUAGUCGAUCCGAGAAUGAAGAAGGACUUACGCGCGGCUAAAGCUAAAGAAAAAACUAAAGGACGUGGUAAGAAAAAUCGAGGCGGAAACAAACCUAGGACAAGACCUAAGAAUGUGAAGAGGAAAAAUAAAUGAUUUCUAUAUUCAUAUGAUGAAUAAUAAUUUUUUAAUUUAAUUACGUUACAAUAAUCUUUUGCAUUAUUUGCAUAAUUAAUUGGUAUAUGUAAAUAAAUGUUUCUAUUCCACAAACUCAGAAUUUCUUUCUAUAUUAUAAAUUUUAUAUCGAUUUCAAUUUCUUUGAUUAUCGAUACUAAUUAAUUAAGAGGAUAAAUGAAGAGUGUACUGAUACUGAUUAAUAGAAGAUGUUGCGUAAUGCGAAAAAUGCAUAAAUUAUAGUAUCCAUUAACGAGGUAUAGGUCACAAAGUCUACACUUAGAAAUUGUUUACAUAUAGAUAUUCAAUCCUAUGCAUCAGUCUCAGCGCAGAAUAUACUAUGUUAAUAAAUAGUCGUGCAAUACGAUCUUACUCG